AUGGCCAAAUCCAGGUUCUCGCCCUCCAAGUUCUCCAUCAAUGAAGACCCCCUCGAUGCCGUCCUUCGUCCACCGCCGGACGAGACACCAGAUGCGCGCGCGGACAGGCUGCGCAGGGAGGCAGAGGCCAAGCAGGUCAGUGACGAAAUAGACGAGAGCCUCCGUCAAGAAAAGGCGGUGUGGAAGAAGAACAAGAGUCUUUUCCGGCUGCUGCUGCUUGGUCAGAGCGAAAGUGGCAAGUCGACCACAUUGAAAAACUUCCAGCUGACGUUCGCGCCGCAAGCAUGGGCAGCCGAGCGCGCCUCCUGGCGCGCCGUCGUCCAGCUCAACCUCGUCCACUCCAUCAACCUCAUCCUCGACGUCCUCGCCCAAGAGCUCACCGCGAACCCGCUCCAGCGCCCGCGCACAGGCGCCUACCCCUACACGACUUCCACCGCGGCGGCACACACAGCCCUGUCCACUCCCCCCUCGCCAGACUCACCCACCGGCCCGAGCUUCGCCGACGACGUCCCCGACAUCUCCGCGCCGCUCAAGUUCACCGACAAACACGCGCUCCUCAAGCUCCGCCUCGCGCCCCUCCGCCACGUCGAGACCGACCUCCGGCGGCUGCUCGGCGCGGCGGACGACGCGACGGAGGUGAUCGCGGGGUGCAGGGAGGAUAUGAAGACGCUGUGGGAGGACGGGGUGGUCCGGGAGAUGUUGACGCGGCUGCGGCUGCGGAUGGAGGACAGCGCGGGCUUCUUCCUAGACGACGUCGAUCGAAUAGCGACACGCACGUAUGAGCCCUCAGACGACGACGUCGUGCGUGCCCGGCUGCGGACCGUAGGCGUGCAAGAGUACCAACUCAGAUUCGAGAAUCCUGGUGCCGUGGAUCGCUCAGUUGGCCGCGAGUGGAUCAUCUACGACGUCGGCGGCGCCCGCUCAUCCCGCGCGGCCUGGGUGCCCUACUUCGAGGACGCGAACGCACUACUCUUCCUCACGCCGAUCAGCUGCUUCGACGAGUCGCUCGAGGAGGACAGACACGUCAACCGCCUCGAGGACUCGUUCAUCCUCUGGAAGAGCGUCGUGGGGAGCAAGCUCCUGCGGCGGUGCAUCAUCGUCUUGUUCUUGAACAAGUAUGACCUCCUGGCGAAGAAAUUGAAGGCGGGCGCGACGAUCAACAAGCACCUCUCUAGCUACGGGGAGCGCGAAAACACCGCACCUGUGUUCGCAAAAUAUUUGCACCAAAAGUUCCGUGAGCAACAUAAGGAAUACUCUCCCGAGCCGCGGUCGUUCUACGGAUACGUGACUUGUGUUAUUGACACGAAAGCGACAGCGUCUACGCUCUCAUCAGUGCGAGAUGGACUCCUGCAACAACACUUGCAACGAGCAGACCUGGUGGCCUGA